ACUUUGCAGCUUACCUCAUUGUGCACAACGACAUGUUGCUUGCUACCUCGUUGCGGUGCUAUCUCGUCUACUGCCUGCAAUCCACGCUACGUCUGCCUUCCAAGUUGGCUGGACUCAGCAGAUGAAGCUUCCCGCCCGAUGUAUGCGCCUACAGCGAUCUUGAGUCUCAGGAGGCCUCCUCUCUUGUGGCGUGGAUCACUUCGGCCGCAGAGAAAGUUCGUGAGACGAACCUCAAUUCGCAGGAGUGGCUGGGAUGAGCGGCGCGAGACCAAGUCGCGUCGGUCUGGAUGGAACGAUGACGCGACGAGGAAUCGGUGCCUCACAGACACGUGCAGAGUGAGAUGGUGGUCGAGAGCUGGGUGCAGGGCGGCCAGACAGAAGUGGCUGCAAGGGAAGCGCGUUGUCAGCUGAUGAGGUGUGUGAUCUAAAUGAGCCUAGAUGGAUAGUCAUGCUGAUUUGGUUCACGAUUGUGGUUCUGAUUCAAG